AGCCAGAAUAUUCUUAUAAACAAUAUCACAAAAAGAUUCUGUGUCUGAUGACUGUUGAAUGAAUAACUCUAGAAUGCUUUGCAAACAUUAAAAAUAAAUCCAAAUGAAAAGAAACAAGAAGAAACAUCAAGCAUACCAACAGAAAUGAUAUAUGCUAAUGAUUGUGAUUUCUUGACAGAAGACAACUCCCGUUUUGAAUUAUUGAAAGAAAUUGUAAAAGAUUGCCUUAGGAGAUUGAAUUUGAAAGUAAACAAAGUAAAAACGGGAGAAACCAUUAACAAAAAAAAACGCUCUAAAACGAAAAUUGGAGAUGGACUAAACAACUUGGAAGUUUGAUUGGUGAGUACCAGAAUAUGAAAAGAAGGGAGCAAUUUUCAAUUAUAGCUCAAGCAACGGCAAAAAAUUAUGGAUGAGCAAGAAAGUCAAUAUUCAAACGAAGCUUGAUAUCUACAAAUCAAUUGUAAAGCCAGUGUUAAAAUACAAUUUUGGAGCACUCACAAAAAAAUGAAAGCAAAGAACUAGACUGAAUCAAUCGAAUGCAACUUCGUCAAGUAUGGAAUGAUAAUAGUGAGAGAAGACACAAUAAACAACUAUACGAGAAAAACAGAGAAAAACUGCUGAGCGCUGAAAUGAAGGAAGCAAGAUGGAGAACAUUUGGUCAUAUAUUGCGGUUAACAACAAGCACACCAUGUGAACAGUCUAUGAAUAACUACUUUUGAUGUCCACCUAAAGCACUGAAAUUCCUUGGAAGAAAAAGUUCUACCCUGCCUGUAUCGCUUGAAAUAAACAUCGUAGGAGCAGCAAAAUACCAUCAAAGAUUGCAAAUAAGGCAUUUUAAAAAAGAGAAGACCUUAGCACCCUGUAUAAGUAUAAGUUCUUUCAUUGUUAUUAGAAGCGAUUUUUGUGUGGGUAUAAAUUAAAGAGAAGUCAUCUGCUAAAUUAUCUUGUUCUUGCUAUAUAGCCUAGAAUUUUGCGUUUUGUUCCUUAGAUUAAAUCCAGUUUUGUUUCAUUUAUUUAUGUUAAGUUAGCUAUAUAAGUUCUUUUGCUUUGUUUUUAUUUAAAUAUAUUAUACAAUCUAUUUGCACUAAUAGACAGUACAUAAAGCCUGACAAUCUGACAUUCAAGCUAAUGUUGCUUUCUCAACGGAUUAUUGUCUUUUGCUCCCAAGAGUAAAAUCUGAAGCAGGACGGAAAACGUUUGCAUUCCGGGGAGUAAAAAUUUUUAAUAAAGUCCCCAGCAAACUACAAAGUGAAACAUCUAUACUGAAGUUCAAGAGUUGCUGCAAGGAUAUCGACUUUGAUUUUUAACUUUUUCUCUAGAUUUAAUUAUUGUAAAAACUUUUUAAAUUAUAUUGUUGUAACAUUUAUAUCGUAGGUACAUUAGUUUCACAGGUCCUUGAUUGAUAGCAGCAAACUAAUUUUUGCUGAACAAGUUUACCUGUAUAUAUGUGGUCUUAUUAUUAUUAUUAUUAGUAGAAGGGAGACCAGGCUUUUAUAAUCUGCCAGGUGACGUUUUUGAAAAUGCAUGGGUGCCACGUGACUGAUGACAUCACUUAGCAGUAAAAAAUCAGACAAAAUCAUCGCUAGCUCUUUACUAGAUUGUUAUUUUUUGGCGCAAUUUACAUAUUUUGACUCGUCUCGUUGCAAGAUUUUAAUUGAUGUAUAGUUAAGAAUGAUAUGCCACCGUCAGUGUUUUCAUUAAGACGUCAUCAAAAAUUUUGCAUGACGUCAUUUAAGAUCUUAUUGUCAUUAAAUGAUAAGUUGGCAUAACUUUGUAUUAAUAUGAGGCUGGAUGUCAGCAGAAGCAUUUCCUCCAUUUUUUUUCAAUCAAAAGAUUAGUAUUUAGAUCAUUUAACUUACGUUUGUGCGAACUGCAGUAGCCAAAGUUCAACAACAACAACCACAUCAGCAGAAACAACAACAACAGCAACAGCACUAACUAUUGCACUUCCUGAACUUAUAUGUAAAAGAGUUAGUGGAACCGCCUCAGAUUUCUUGGAACAUGAACAGCCAGCCAAUUUGUAUUAAAGAUUUAGAAGAUUUUGCCCUCAAGGCUCUCCCGAAAAACGCCUAUGGUUAUUAUGCAUCAGGUGCGGAUGACGAACAAACACUAAGAGAUAACACAAAUGCGUUCAAGAGGUUACGUUUAAGGCCAAACAUACUGAGGGAUGUCAGCUCUGUUGACACAUCCACAACAGUUUUGGAUCAAAAGAUAGACUUUCCAAUAUGCAUUGCACCAACGGCUAUGCAGAGAAUGGCACAUCCUGAUGGAGAAUUAGCAACAGCUAAAGCUGCAAAAGCAUUUGAUACAUGUAUGAUGUUGAGCUCGUGGGCAACGACGUCAAUAGAAGAUGUUGCCAACGCCGCUCCUGGAGGCCUCCGAUGGUUCCAGUUAUACAUUUACAAAGAUCGAAAUAUUGUUCUUGAUCUCGUGAGACGUGCGGAGAAAUGUGGAUACAAAGCGAUAGCGGUCACUGUGGACACGCCGAUUCUUGGGCAACGACUUGAAGACGUACGAAACAAGUUUGCAUUGCCAUCACAUUUUUCGCUUGCUAACUACAAGCAAGACGAUGAACAUUCGGACGGAGUUAAAAGUGACAAAGAUUCUGGCCUGGCAGCGUAUGUGAAGAGCCUCAUCGAUCCUUCGUUGAAUUGGAAGGACAUUGAAUGGUUAAAGAAACAGACAUCAUUACCAAUUCUAGUCAAAGGGGUUUUGACGAAAGAGGCAGCGUUAGAAGCAUUGGAACAUAAUGUUGAUGGAAUAAUUGUAUCGAAUCAUGGAGCACGUCAGCUUGAUGGAGUCACAUCAACAAUCGAUGCAUUACCUGAAGUUAUUGAAGCAGUGAAUGGCAAGGUUGAAGUGUACUUAGAUGGUGGAAUUCGCCAGGGCACUGAUGCCUUCAAAGCGCUGGCCUUGGGCGCCAAGGCAGUGUUUAUCGGAAGACCAGUCUUGUGGGGCCUUACUUACGGAGGAGAGGUUGGUGUGAAAAAGGUUUUAGAGAUCUUAAAAAAUGAAUUUGAAAGAUGUUUGACAUUAACAGGAUGCAGGAGUGUCAGCGAAAUAAAGAAAUCGAUGGUUGCACACGAGAGUCGUUACUAUUGCAGACUGUAGACAAUGUUGAUAAUACUUCAUUCUCUGACAUUACUGUUAUGAGAUUGUAAGGACAUUCUCUGACUCUACUCAAGAAUCAAAUCUUAUUUGUGAAAAAUAGAUGAAAUGGCAAUGCAGAUUUUUUAAAUCGGUAAAAUUUUAACAUAAAUCUUCGAUUAAAUAAAUGUUGAUAUGUAAAUUCAAAUUUUAAUAAAAUUUUCAUCAUGCAACGAAUGUUAAUUAAAAUUGAUUCCGUUUCGGU